UCAGCGGAUUUCCGGUUCCGUGAGUAACGAACGGCUGCGGCGGCGACAGCUAGGACUUAAGAGCGGCGGCUGCUGAGAAGGAAAAGUAGGACGAUGCAAAAGGGACAAGCCGGCCUUUUCGCCAUGGGUCCGGGAGCCUAGAACGGCGGAAGCUACCAGCCCGUCACUGAGCUGGCCACCGUCUCUUCCUGUGGCACCCAUGGCGGAGGACUGGCUGGACUGCCCAGCCCUGGGCCCUGGCUGGAAGCGCCGAGAGGUCUUACGCAAGUCAGGGGUUACCUGUGGGCGCUCAGACACAUAUUACGAGAGCCCCACAGGAGACCGGAUACGAAGCAAAGUUGAGCUGACCCGAUACUUGGGCCCCGCAUGUGACCUCACCCUCUUCGACUUCAAGCAUGGUGUCCUAUGCUAUCCAGCCCCCAAGGCCCAUGUUUUGGCUGUCCCCAGCAGGAAGCGGAAGAAGCCUUCAAGGCCAGUCAAAUCUCGACAACGUCAGGUUGGACCUUGUAAGGGUGAUGUUAGGAAGGAGGCCCCGGGGGAUGAGACCAAGGCUGACACUGACGCAGCCCCGGCUUCAUUCCCUGCACCUGGAUGUUGUGAGAACUGCGGAAUCCACUUUUCUGUGGAUGGCACCCGGAGGAAGCGGCUCAAGACGUUGUGCAAGGACUGCCGAGUUCAGAGAAUUGCCUUCAACCGAGAGCAGAGGAUGUUUAAGCGUGUGGGCUGCGGGGAGUGCACAGCCUGCCAGGUGACCGAGGACUGCGGGGCCUGUUCCACCUGCCUCCUGCAGCUGCCCCAUGAUGUGGCCUCUGGGCUGUUCUGCAAAUGCGAACAGAGACGCUGCCUCCGGAUUGUGGAGAGGAGCCGAGGGUGUGGAGUAUGCCGGGGCUGUCAGACCCGAGAAGACUGUGGCUGUUGCCGAGUCUGCCUCCGCCCACCCCGCCCAGGUCUCAGGCGCCAGUGGAGGUGCGUCCAGCGGCGCUGCCUGCGGGGCAGACAUGGCCGCCGCAGAGGAGGCUGUGACCCCAAGAUUGUUGCCCGGCGGCACCCCCAAACCCAGCCGUUGCCUCCGCCACCCCUAUUGCAGCCUCCUGAGUCCACAGAGCUGCACCCCAGAGCCCUGGCCCCCUCGUCACCUGCUGAGCUCAUCUAUUACUGUGUAGACGAGGACGAGCUACAGCCCUACACGAACCGGCGGCAGAACCGGAAGUGCGGGUCCUGUGCAGCCUGCCUGCGGCGGACAGACUGUGGCCGCUGUGACUUCUGCUGCGACAAGCCCAAAUUUGGAGGCAGCAACCAGAAGCGCCAGAAGUGCCGUUGGCGCCAGUGCCUGCAGUUUGCCAUGAAGCGGCUCCUACCAAGUGUCUGGGCAGGGUCUGAGGAUGGAGCAGAGCUGCCCUCACCAUACCAUUGUCGAAGGAAGCCUGUCUCUGCCCGCCGGCGCCAGCCUGGGCCCACUCUGGAAUCCCCCUUGGUCAUGCCCAUAGCCCUACCUGGCCGUGCCCAGACUUCAAUGAAGCAGGAGACGGGUGGUAGCUUUGUGCUGCCCCCACCUGGCACUGACCUUGUGUUCCUACGGGAGGGCGCAAGCAGUCCCGUGCCAGUGCCUGGUCCUGCCCUUUCCACAGAGGCUCCAUUGCAGGAGUCCCAGUGCCCUGGCCUGAGUUGGGUUGUGGCCCCAACACAGGUGAAGCAAGAGAAGGUAGAUGCCCAAGAAGACUGGACACCGGGCACAGCCAUCCGGAUUUCUCCUGUAUUGCUGCCUGGCUGUCCCAGCAAGGCAAUAAACACAGGCCUGAGACCUGUGAAGCAGGAGCCACCUGACCCUGAGGAGGACAAGGGGGAGGAGAAUAGGGAUGAUUCUGCCUUAGACCCAGCACCAGAGGAGGAGGCAGGAGGAGCUGGCACACCCGUGAUCACGGAGAUUUUCAGCCUGGGUGGAACCCGCUUCCGGGACACAGCGAUCUGGUUGCCAAGGUGUCCUGCAGAAGAAGCUGGUGCCCUUCGUCACAGACUUAACUAUACAUCUGGCCCAGGAAUUAGAGAAGCAGAAGGAAGAUCCGGGAAGGGUGGAGCAGCUGCAGGCCUGGCUACAGGCCUGGCUGCUGCCCCACACCAACGAGGUGAGCCAGCAGAUAAAUGACAACCUGUGUGAACUGCAACAGCGCCUGGUGCCGUGCACCAGUCUUCCAAGUGUAAAAACAAUAUGCUACUGCUUCACUUCUGCCCUCCAGUUAUCACACAAAAUGUCUCUUGUGGCCCAUCCUAACUGGAAACAUAUGGGGAGGGGAGUUCUGGAAAUGUAGCCUAGCCAAGGUGACACAUUACAAAGCCACUCUGCCAUGAAUCAGCUCCCAAGGGUCGCACUACUCACCUGAGGAUAACUUGGUAAAACUGCGUUGCUGAAAAUGCAAACCUGAAGACCAUGGAUUUCAUGGUGAUUCCAGCAAGUACAGAAAUUCUGUCAAGCGAAUGCAGAAAAAAACUUGCUGGUCUCUGCUAUUUUUGUGUCAUUCAUUCAAGUGUUGAGAACCUGGCUCAUGGUAGACACUGUACUUAGUACUGGGAUGCAGAUAUGAAAGAGAUAUGAUCCAUGAAAUUUUAUUAAAUGCAUCAGUAUAUUACAAAUCGUGAAUGGAUUUCCAACUUUAUCAUGGAAUUUAAUGGUGGAAAUGCAGAAUUAAGGAAAUUAUCAGGACAGUCCUUGUGUGAACCUUGCUGGGGAACAGUAGGAAUUAGAAGUAAUUUAAAUAAUUUCUAUCCCUAGCUGUUCUAUUUUAAAAUUAUUUUAAAAUGCUUUUUAUUGUCCCCUUUACUGAUUUAUAUAUUGUUUCUUUUGAAUGGGUCUUGGUGGUAAGUGUUGACUGCCUCUGAGAAUCUGGGAUAGUGGGUGGUGCGAUCAAGGUCAGGUUCUAUCAAGGUCCUCCCUAACUUGAAGGACUUUGGGUGAAUCAUUUCUCUGGCCUCAGAGGGGGUCGGCUGAGGCUCACCACGCCUUUGGCGUCGGUCAGGCCCGGCCCCUACAGCCUCCGGAUGGGCCUGCAGGGGGCGCCCACACUGGCGGCCGGGGUUCUGGCCCGCGGUCGUCCCACAGGGAUUGGGAGACACUGCCCCUCAACCCAGGCCUCGGCCGUCCCGGGGCGUGGCCUCCGUGUGGCGGAGACGCUUGUCCCUGGGCCGGAGGAAAAGCGACUCCUCAAAU